CGCACGAGCCGGAAGUAGUUGUCUGAAGUCACAUUGAAGACCAAAAUCCCGGUCACAGGAAUAUUAGGACAGACAAGGCAACUCAUUCCCGAUGCUUUUGUUUGGAUGAUCAUUAGCAAUGUUUACUUCAAAGGUCGUCCCUCAUCUCAGUCUAUUACGGAGAGCAUCUUGUGCACUUCAGGCCCAUGGAAAAUGUUUGAAUGGAUGUGUACAACCGUUUCUUCCUGCUUACUGCGCCUCACUGAAGCAGAAACCGACAACCUAUUCAACGGCAGCAGACAACACACCUCCUCCUCGACGGAUCCAGCUUGAGCCAGAACUGGACGAGGCCCUUGUGCCCCGUAAACUGUCAGUAAGUCCUCUGGAGAGCUGGCUCUCCCUCCGCUACUCCCUCCCUCCCCUGCUGGAGUCCGCUCGGCCGCAGGAGGACGUAGUGCAGCUGGAAGAGAAGGUGCUGCCACCCAUCUCUGUGCCUGUUAUGGAGGAUGGGGAGGGUUCAGCGACACCCCUUCAAUGUAAGAAUGUUCUGGAGAUCCGGCGGCGGAAGAUGAACCGGCAUAAAUACAAGAAGCUGCAGAAACGGACUAAAUUCUUGAGGAAGAGAGUGCAGGAGGGCAGGGGGAAGAGGAAGCAGAAAAAUUUUGAGGACGAUCUGGAGAGGAUUUGGGUACGAGCCGGACUGAAGAAGGCUCCAGAGGGCUGGAGUACACCUAAGAUCUUUAUCAAACAGCAUGGAAACAAAAGGAACUGAGAAAAACUCAACAGUGAUUUGAGCUCUAUCGCAGCCCCCCUCACCCUGGAUGACCACACAUCACACACUGCUGUUAAAACAAUCAGCCCACUUUCUGUGUUUCAGUGAUGAGGACAUACUACUGUGUGUACAAUAAUUUUUAACAGUGUACAUAAUCUAAUAAAGAUCUUUCUCU